CUCGCAGCGUGCUUGGCUCGAGCCCACGGUUUUCUAGGCAGGGCGCGCGACAAAAUUGAAUCUGUUUUUACACAAGAGAAGAAGAAGACGAAGAAGAGGAAAAAUAAGAAGAAGAAAAAGAAGGAGGAGGCUCUUGAUGUGAACGUGAUGGUCAGGCCGAGCGUCAGGGAUAUCGUUCGUUUUCCUGUGUGAAACGGGACCAGAACAACACAUUGCUCAAUCUAUUCUGCGUGAAGUUCCUGGCGCGGCAGCCGCCAGGAUAUCUGCAAUAUUUUCCUGAAUCGGGAGCCCCCCAACCCACCCCCAUGGUAGUAGCAUGUCCACACAGCAACAUGAUUCGUGUCGAGUAGAUAAUUUCUAGAGGGGUUUGGCUCCUUCCCCACCCCCACGGGUUAACUUGCUGGACUGGACGCCCCUUCUUGUAGUAGGACCCUUUAGCUGCACGAUGUUUUAAGCGCCAAGGACUCCACGGGGAAACGGCUGGCGUGUCGGUGGGUACUCGGCUGGCGGUGAACACACGUUGGGCGAGGCGACGUCUCUGCUCUCGCUUUUAGUGUACGACGAACCAAGGGAGAAGGCUGAACAACACACGGAAUAUCAUGACGAUGUCGGUCCCGGAGAGGAACUCAGGCUCGGAGGGGAAGGAGGAGGAGAGCGAGGAUGAGAGCGAGAUCCUGGAGGAGAGUCCGUGUGGUCGCUGGCAGAAGCGGAAAGAGCAGGUGAGCCAGGGUAAUGUCCCCGGUGUGGAGAGUGCGUCUCUGGCCAUGGACACGGAGGAGGGCGUUGAGGUCGUGUGGAACGAGGUGCUGUUCCCUGACAAGAAGGUCUUCAAGUCCCAGGAGGACAAGAUCAAGGAGAUGUUUGAGAACCUGAUGCAGGUGGAACACCCCAACAUUGUCAAGUUCCACAAGUACUGGCUGGACAUGAGGGAGAGCCAGGCUCGGGUCAUUUUCAUCACUGAGUACAUGUCGUCAGGUAGCCUCAAGCAGUUCUUGAAGAAAACCAAGAAGAACCACAAGACCAUGAACGUCAAGGCGUGGAAGAGAUGGUGCACCCAGAUCCUCUCGGCCCUCAGCUACCUUCACUCCUGCGAACCGCCCAUUAUCCACGGCAACCUGACCUGCGACACCAUCUUCAUCCAGCACAACGGCCUCAUCAAGAUCGGCUCAGUUUGGCACAGGUUAUUUGUGAAUGUGUUCCCAGACGCCCAGGGGAAGGGGCGACCUCACCGGGACGAGCAGAGGAACCACCACUUCUUCCCCCCGGAGUACGGCACGAGUGAGGAUGACUUUGCCAUCGACAUCUUCUCCUUCGGGAUCUGUGCUCUGGAGAUGGCGGUUCUGGAGAUCCAGGCCAAUGGGGACGCCGUGGUAUCCAAGGAGGCCAUCAGCAGCGCUGGAACCUCCCUGGAAGACCCGCUCAUGAGGGAGUUCACCCAGUCGUGCGUGCGGCAGGAGGCGAAGCUGCGUCCCACGGCCCACGACCUCCUCUUCCACCGGGUGCUGUUUGAGGUCCACUCCCUCAAGCUGCUGGCCGCCCACUGCCUCAUCAGCAACCAAUAUCUUCUUCCAGAGAACUGUGUGGAGGAGAAGACCAAGUCGUUUGACCCCAACGCCGUGAUGGCUGAGAUCUCCCACAGAGACCGACCGGGAGUUCAACUCAAAUAUUCACAUGUGUCUCCUCUGGAGCUCGACAAGUUUCUGGAGGAUGUGAAGAAUGGGAUCUACCCGCUGAUGAACUUUGCGUCGUCGCGAGCCUACCCUGUCCCGCGGGCCCUGUCUCUGUCCCAGGAGCAGGUGGAGGCCGUCAAGACCCCCACCCCAGAACCACAGGAGACCGAGACCCGAAAGGUCAUUCAGAUGCACUGUAAUUUGGAAUCAAAUGAAGAAGGGACCAAAACUCAUCUUUCCCUGUUUCUAAAGAUGGACGACAAGCUCCAUCGACAGCUCAGCUGCGACAUCCUUCCAGCGGACAGCUCCAAAGACCUUGCCAACGAACUUGUUCACUACGCCUUCAUAAAUGAGGAGGACUGUGAGAAGCUGACCCUGUUCCUGGAGGAGGCCAUCAGUAAACACCUGCGGACCCAGGCCCCAGGGAACGUCCAGUGAGGAGCCUGGGGCGAGGGGGUCCUGGUGGCAGGCAGCGGGCCCCCAGAGAGGGGGACCUAGCCAGGGCAUGGACCAUUGGACACCAGAGGGACCCCACUGCCAGGAUCACAAAGGGAGUGGGCCCCAGAGGGAGGGAGAGGGACAGAGACAGAGACAGAGAGAGCAACAGGGACAGAGGGAAGGGAGAAGGAAAGCAAGAGCCCAGCCUUAGAUAGGCUCCAUAGGCACCUCAAAUCUAAGAACAUCAUUACGCCUCAUGCCCUCUGCACCGUCAGUCAAAGGACUCAGAAGGCGUGGCUGACGGAUGGGGGAGAUUUCCAGGGUCGUCAGAGCCCGAGUAGUGUCACAGUGCUUAAAUUUGCAUACGUGAUCUGAUUGGAUGACGGAUCCGUCGCUGCCGAAAAAGUUGAAAAUUGUUCAAAGUCAUUCAAAGUCAAUAAGGAUCAGUCAACGGACGGAGGCAGUGGGCACACGAGGCGUUAGAGUACAUUAUUAAAGCUAUGACCAUCUACUCAACACGGUAGAUGAUCCACUUGGAGGCCCCUGUCUACGAGGGCUCUGUCGCCUCUAGAUAUCCAGCCCUCUUGGUUUUCCAUCAAGAUCCUUCUAUUAUAUCCCUUGAAAUUGGAUGUUUUACACCCUCCUGUAUUUCAGCAGGAAUCUACACUAGCGAUAAACAUGUGCAAACCCUAGCGAAAAUCUGAAAAAAAUAUUUCAAUAUGAAUUCGCACAAAUUCUUUGUAAGAGUUUUGAUAAUAUGUUAAGGUUGCUUUGGUCGAUCUUUGCCCUCUCAUUCCAUGACUUCGUUCUGAAGUGUCAGCUGAAAUGUGAACCUCAAGGUCCAGCCCGUCCUGGCGUCUCUUCAAUGGGCCGACGGCGAACCUUUCCUAGCACACAUUGUGCACACGACUCCAUGCAUGAAUUCCCAUCAGAGGAUGUCUGUGGUGCUGGCCUGCAGGGCUAGUCUGCAGUGCUAGCCAGCUGUGCUAGUCUGUUAGUGUUGUAAUGCUAGCCAGCAUUUUAGCCUCUAGUGCUAGUCUGCAGUCUAGUGCUAGUCUGCAGUCUAGUGCUCGCCUAUCAUGCUAGCCUGUAGUGCUAGCCAGCAUUCCUAGCCUUUAGUGAUAGUCUGCAGUCUAGUGCUCGCAUGUAACGCCAUCCUGUAGUGCAAGCCUGUAAUGCUAGCUUAUAGUGCUAGCCUGCAGUGCUAGCCUUUAGAGCCUGCAGUGCUCUUAAGGGCUCUCACCCGGAAGGUUUUCCUGAAAGCCAAAGACUUGUGAAGUGCCUAAGAUGGCCGCCACCCUGCGACUGAACUUUUGCAAUUGAGCUGCUUCGCACAAAACCUGGAGACUUGGAAUCUGUGGAAGCAAAUGGUAGUGGUGGGUUUUCAGACUGCUGUGUUCUAUAAAUGUACAAGGGCGGUCUUUGUGAGUGCGAGGGUGGGCGUUAGCGCGAUACCUGGUUAAGAAAGUGCCAUUGCCGUCUGUUGCUACUGUACAUUGGAAUAAAUAACUGGCUAUGGGUUGUUGUGUUUACUCAUAACUAUAUCAGUCAACACUAACAUGCAGAUCAUAAUGUGUGUGAAGAAAGUGUACUUCUGUAUGUCUGGGAGAAGGGGAGUUGGACAGAAUGUGAACAUGCGUUUCAAAGUCACGCAACCAAGGAUUUUUGUUUGAUAAUAUAAAUAUUACUACAUUAUUGUUUCUCUUAAAUAUUCUCAUUUCUAAAUGAUGGAUUCUUAUUUCGAUUUGUUUUGGCCCAAAGUGAACAUGUAUUCAUAUUUUGUUUCUGUUUGUAUAAACAGGAGCCGUUUCUGUAGCAUGUAGACAUGUCGAAGCUUCUGUGUAAAUGGGGUUCAGAGGUCAAAUGUGUGGUUAGUCAAUUCAACACUCAUUCUAAUUAUCCAAUUAUUGUGAAAAGGUGUGGGUUUAAAAGCAAUACUGAUGUAACCCAAACUGGUGAAAGUGAGAGAUAUUUUUCCUGCGUCAGCUAGAAGCUUCCGGUGAAUGUAUAGAUACAGCUGGACAUACUGAUUACUAUUAUAGUAUGUGUUUUCCUUGGCAGAAAAAACUGGGGUGGGAGUACACGUACAUAAGUCCAACUCAUCUCUAGCCCUCCAGUUCUAGACAAUCUCCCGUUGUAGAAUGGUCAUCCUAGGAGGUAAGUGGCUCCCCACAUCCCUCAUGUACAGUACAUGGUCUUCAACUCCAGACCUGAUCGCUCUGGUUCUGCCGAUUAGAGAGGAGCCAGGAUGUCACCGGCGCGUGUUGUACAUAUUUAUUUAUGGAUUUCAAAGAGGUUUUACUCUCAAGCUGCUCUGCUUUUUGCUCUUGUGUUUCUCUGAUCAGCAGCAUGUUAAUAAAGCCUGACAACUUUGGGAACUUUGCAUCUUCAGUAUUGCCUUUGUUAUGAGUGGCCAGAGUCCUGGCCCAACAUAUGAAUGUUUAGACUGUGCAAAAACAAAACAACAACCAUCCAUAUCCGUCUUAUUUUCUGUUUUAAUAACUUCCUGUUCCUGUGAAUCUAUUGAAUGAAACUUGGCUUUGGAUGUGAUAUUUUCAAUAUUGUAGCUAUGGCAACUACAGAAAUUCUAAUAAAACUAUGUGACGUGAUCAUGUAACCAUAA